GAUGUAAACAAGAGGAAUUUUCACAAUUUUCUUCAUAAAUAAGAUAAAUAAUUAUUGGAGAAAGCAACAAUGCCUUUUCACGAGAUUAGUGCCAAAACUUCGUUCGUGGAAGAUGUGGAAUUACAUCAAAUGCAAGUGAAAUACUGCAAAAUGCGGAUUAUUCUCAACAUCCUCAAAGAAUCUUCGAAGAAUUCAAUGAUUUCAUCUAACAAAACCCUGAAAAAUUAUUUUCUCCUGGAUUUUCUACCUAAAAUUCAUCCUUGUGUGACGCUACCAAAACAAAUAAGAGAGCGAAUUUCGACGCUUCCUGCAAAGGAAUGCUUGAUCCUCAGGAAUCAUGUUCACCAGCAAAUUCCUGUUAUCUGCGAACCGCUGCUAAAAGUCAGCAGAUCAACACUGAAACAACAUCCCGAGAUCUUUGAUAAGUCUUUCACGCACGUGGAAUUGAUCGACAGUCUGGUAGAAAGGAGACGAGCAACGAUUUCCUCUCUACUGGAGGCCAAGAAAAGAAAAUUACAUCUCCUGAUGCAACUCAUUGAGAGACGCCUGGCUCCAGGAAACGUGACUGAUCUGGAGACGAUGCUCCUGAAGUUCCAGAUGAGAGAGCAGAAAGUCAUCGGAAUGGACAAGUCGAUUUUGCAAUCGAUGGAAACUGAAGAAUCUCAGGCAUUGGCGGCUUAUCGGGAAAUUGAAAAGCAUCUUGACGAAUUGCUGCACUCGAGAGGAUUAGCCAUUAACUAUUUGUCACAGUAA